AUGAAAAUAGAGUCUGUUAGAGAAUCCUUUUUAUCGGAUUAUGAAGUAUAUACAUUUUUAAAAGAUUUACAACGAAAAAAUGGAUGGUUGUAUGUUGAAAAUAAAAAAAACCAUAAUAAUCGAAACAAAUAUUCUUAUAACAACCCUGAAUUAGAAAGUAUUACCAAGAAUGUUGUGGAUUAUUUAGCCACACCUAAGUCAAUGAACCCGGACGAAGAAGACCAAUCUAAUAGCGGAUCUACCAGUGGCACGGACAAUUUGCUUAAGUUUACCAAUGAUAAAUUUAUAAAAUUAUUGCAAAAGUUGAACUGUUAUAAAUUGUAUAAAAUUGAGAAAUUGCAAUUAGUUAAUCAAUUACCUACAAAUUUUGUUCAUUUGUAUAGUAUUAUAGAGGAAUGUGAUAGUAGAUUUAGUGAACAAGAGAUUGAGCAGAUAUUGACAGAUAUUAAAGAAGUGAUUAGUACGUAA